AUGCCUCUUACAAAAGCCUUUGCUACCAAAGGUCUCGCCAUCUACGUCGACAACCCGCAGUCCGCGUACAAGCCCGGGGAUACCAUCACUGGCCGCGUUGCCCGCCAGGUCCCUAUGGCCGUCGGUGCUGACCACGUCAGCAUCACCAUACACCUACACGGUUGCGCCUUUGCAAAACUCGUGGAAUGGAGCGAUCACACCGGCGAAAGCCAGAGGAGUUUUCACUGCGCGUUUCCUCCGCUUGCAUCAGCCGACACGCUUGUCCAGCUACACGACGGGCCUCUGCAUAUCCCACGGACCGUCGACGGAUUGUCAAUAGACCAGAUCGACGUUAAGAGACAGCGGGAUCAAACCGUUGGCCAGUCGUGGCCAUUUGCGAUUACGAUACCACGGCAGACGGCAGCGGGGGCUGUCGAGAAGAGCAGGGCCGGCAUUGCAUUCUUUGUUCCCGUGGACAAGGACGGUCACGUCCCCGCGCACCCGCUACCGGCGAGCACCUACCGUGAGCGAACGGAGUCGGGCCCGGGAGAGUUCAAGAGUGGCUUCAUCGAGUAUUUCCUGAAGGCGACAUUGACCGCGGCCCACGGUGGCAGUGGCUCAGAGGCCAUUCACCUCGUAACAAUUGGAACGUGAGGUUGGCACCCUGGACUUGGUCGAAUUAUUGCGAGGAUACCACACGUGUCGAAGGUCUUGACCGCGCGCAAAUGCUCGCCAUCCACAUGUUUCAACUUGGAC